AAGAAUUUCCGGUAAAAAACUGUAUUCUCCACUCUCUGUUCCAUUCUAUAAAUACCCCUCACAUCUUCUCCCCCUUUUCCCCUCUCCCCUUCAACCUUUUUUCUCUUCUCUCUGCGUUUCUUCACCCUUUUCUCAGAGCUCUCUGCAUUUCACGAGCCUGUGCCGAACAAUGUCAGCUUUCAGGGAGGACGAUCCACGUAUCGACGGCAUUCAAUCCAGAAUCCGCGUCGUCCCUGACUUCCCUAAACCGGGAAUAAUGUUCCAGGACAUCACUACACUGUUGCUGGAUCCCAAAGCCUUUAAAGACACCAUUGAUUUGUUUGUCGAGCGCUACAAAGGCAAGAAUAUCUCCAUAGUUGCCGGAAUGGAGGCUCGGGGGUUUAUAUUUGGUCCGCCAAUUGCGUUGGCAAUCGGGGCAAAAUUCGUUCCCUUGCGCAAGCCGAAGAAACUGCCAGGUAAGGUUUUGCGACAAGAGUAUGACUUGACGUAUGGAAGCGAUUGUCUUGAGAUGCACGUUGGGGCAGUAGAAGCUGGAGACCGAGCUUUGGUGGUUGAUGAUCUGAUUGCUACGGGUGGCACUAUCUGUGCAGCUAUGGAUUUACUCGAGCGUGCUGGGGCUGAAGUGGUCGAAUGUGCAUGUGUGAUCGAAGUUCCAGAGCUAAAGGGCCGGGAUCGGUUGAAUGGGAAGCCGUUGUACGUUCUGGUGGAGUGGCAGUAGCGGCCGCUAAGGCUGGAAUGCUGCAAGAGAAAACCGUGAUUAGAGACGGGCUGGCUGUCGUAUUGUCUGCAGAUUUCUUUCAUUGUAUCUCUUGCAUCCAUCCCUGAGUAUGGAUUUUCGAAGACCUCAAAUCUGUGUUUUACAUUACAUUAUUUGAUGAUGAGGAGGGUAGGAAAACAUUGGAUAUGUUGGUGAAUGUUUUUUUAAGAACAAAUUAAACAUCCUCAAAAUAUUUGUCCAGUUUCAUCCUUUUCAUGGAUUAUUAUUUGUAUUGCAACUUCUCUGUCAAAGGGAUGAGUUAAGUUUGAAUAUUUAUUCUAUUGAUUUAUGGUUUAAA